UAACGCACUAAUGCCAACGUUCACAAAAAAAUUAACAAAAAUUGACAAAAGUGUGCUGUCAUUUUUCUGUUCAUCGAAUCAAUCACUUGAUAUUUCUAAAACAAUUCAUCUCAAUAAUAGAAACGAUGUUUCGAGCUAACAAUUUCGAUAAAUUACUUGAUAAAGCGACAAGUAAUCUACGUCUGGAUCCCGAUUGGCCGACGAUCCUACAAAUUUGUGAUUUGAUUAGACAAAAUGAUUGCACCCCUAAGUACGCAGUGGGCGCUGUGAAGAAAAAGCUGUAUUCCCAGAAUCCACACCAGGCUAUGUUUGCUCUCCUUACAUUGGAGAGUAUUGUAAAAAACUGUGGGUCUGGAAUACAUGAUGAGGUGGCAUCAAAGGGCUUCUGUGAGAUGCUGCGGGACCUGGUAAAAACUACACAGCACGAGAACCUCCGCACGAAGAUCCUAGAGUUGAUCCAGGCUUGGGCAUUUGCCUUCCGUAACAAUCAGAAAUAUAGAGCUGUUCAGGACACUGUGAACAUUCUGAAAGCUGAAGGGUUUAAGUUCCCCACUUUGAAGGAGUCCGAUGCAAUGUUCUCAGCAGAUACAGCACCGGAGUGGGCCGACGGUGAAGUGUGUCAUAGAUGUCGCGUGGCUUUCUCGUUGAUGGUGCGUCGGCACCACUGUCGUGCUUGCGGCCAGGUGUUUUGUCAGCAAUGCAGCUCCAAGACGUCCACUUUGCCCAAGUUUGGCAUUGAGAAAGAGGUGCGAGUUUGUGAUGCUUGCUAUGACAAAGUAAGCCACCCACCAUCAUCAGCAUCCAAGUUGGAGAUUAUCGACACUUCCAGCGACUAUGGCCCGACGCAACCUCAGAAGCGUCCUCCGGGCACCAAGACGGCGGAAGAACUGCAAGAAGAAGAGGAGUUGCAGCUCGCGCUGGCUCUCAGCCAAUCAGAGGCCGAGCAAAAGGAGAAAGAGAAAGAGCGGCGCACGCGCAUCCAUAUCGCGCCUGACCCCACUCCGCAUCACACUGUGUCCCCAACGCCAUCAUCGGUAAGCGCGUCUCCGGAGCACAGCACGACGACAAACGCGGAGCUGUCGCGCUACCUGGACCGCAGCUACUGGGAGCAGCGCCUGUCCCGCGACGCCCCCACCGCACCCUCCUCCAACAGCACACAAGAACCAGCUGAUUCUGUUCAUGAGUAUGUGAAACCCGAGACGAGCAAAUGUCAAGACGACGACGCGGAGGACAAAGAGAUAGACGAAUUCGUCGACACACUCAAGUCGCAAAUUGAAAUAUUCGUCAACAGAAUGAAGAGCAAUUCGUCGCGUGGCCGGUCGAUCGCGAACGACACUUCAGUCCAAACCCUGUUCAUGAACAUCACGGCCAUGCAUUCUCGCUUGCUGCGCUACAUUCAACAGCAAGAUGACAAGCGAGUGUACUUGGAGAGUUUGCAGGACAAAGUAAACCAAGUCCGCGACAGUCGCGCAGCCCUAGACACUCUACGCGCAGAACACGCGGCGCGACUCGCGGCUCAGGCAGAGGCGGCGGAGCGACAGAGACAGAUGCAGAUGGCCGCCAAACUGCAGGCCAUGAGGAAGAAGAAGCACGAGUACCUGCAAUACCAGCGGCAGCUCGCCUUACAAAGAGUACAGGAACAAGAGAGGGAAAUGCAAAUGCGACAGGAACAACAGAAACACCAGUAUAUGAUGUCUGCGAAUAGCUACUACAUCCCAGGAGUGUCCAUGCACCAGUUCCAGCCUGGAUUCCCCAACCAGCCCAUAUACGCUAACCCUCAGUUCCACCCACAAAUGAUGGCACAGGUUUCCGCCGCAGAUGGUUCCAUGUCCCUACCAGGUCAGCCGCAAAUGUCCCAAGCCAGCAUGGCAAUGCUCAACCAGAUGGGCACAAUCUCACAAUCCAUGCCUCAACUCACCAACUCGUACAGCAUGUCCACUACAGGAGUAACCAUGAGCCAAGCCCCCAUCAGCGCCCAGCCGUCCAUGAACCAGCCCAACAUGCGGCCAGCCCUCGGGCAACAGAUUCCCAUGCAACAACAGAUGAUGAUGCAACAAAUGCACCAGAUGAGGAUGCCCAACCAGCCCGGCAUGCACCAAAUGAUGCAGCAGAACGUCGCCAACGGCCUCCCCGGACAAAACGUCCAACAGAACGGACAAUCCAACCAGUUACCGAAACAGAAUCUACAGAGUCAACCCUCAAUAACCACCGGACAACAGAACAUCGCGCAGGCAGUCAUGAACCCCAGCAACCCGAUGCUUGGUAUGCAAAUGCAAAACAUGAGAAUGCCCAUGAUGCAAGGCAACCAGCCAAACACCGGCCAACAAAUGCCAGGUUUCCCAAUGAACAUGCAAAACCCGUCAAACACGCAGCAGCAGAACUCCAUGCCUCCUAGCAUGCAACAGCAACCAUCUCACCUUCAAACUAUGCCUGGCCAGCCCAUGUCGCUGCCCGGCCAACAGAUGAUGCCUAGCCAUUCGUUACCAGCUCAACCUCAGAGCAUGUCCGUCACCAACCAUUUACCCGCGACCAGCCAGAGCGUGCAGCUGCCGUCUCAGCAAGUGUCUCACAGCCACGGCCAGCAGAUACAACAACCGCCGCAGCAACAGCCGCAGCAACUGCCCAUACAGGGCCAGCCCAUGCACGCUCCGAGUCAGCAGAUGAUGAUGCAGAACCCGCAAAUGCUGCCUCCAGGACAAAACAUUCCGCAAGCCCAGCAGAUGAUGAACCAGCAACAUCCGCAGGGUCAGUUGCCGCAGCAAGGAGUGCCUCAGAUGCAGGCGAGUCAGAUGCAUCAAAUGCAGCAGCCGAUGCAAGGUCAGAUGGCGCAACAAAUGCCCCAGGCUCCGCAGAUGCCGCAACCGCAGAUGGCUCCUCAAGGCUCGCAGAUUCAACAGCCGCAGCAGGCGUCGCAAGGCCAGCAGAUGCCGCCCAAUAUGCCCGGCCAGCCGCUGAAGAUACAGUCGCAGAACUUCACGGCGCCCAUGCCGGGCCAGCCCCCCGCCAACCCCAACCAACAAUCCCAACAGGCCCAGACCCCCGUCAAAUCCGAACACAACAAUAACACCGCGGAACUAAUAACGUUUGAUUGAACAUAGGCUUACUGUUACGGAGAGAUAUAUUUAUUCUGACUGGUAGUGUUGUUUGACAGUACGUAAUAAAACUGUACGCAAUAAAUCAUGCAUGUCUUAAAAUUAGUGCUAAUUUGAAAUUUAAAACCAAAUUGUGUAAAUUAAAGGGUUUUGAUAGUAAUAUAUAAGACGUUUCAUGCUUUUUUAUGAGCUAUGUAAUAGUAUGGGUAUAUUAUUAUAGGACUGCUGAGUCGUAAAUUUUAGUCAAGUUAUUAUUUUGAUAUUUUAUUAACCCAUUUUAAGAUUCGCUUUUUCUGUCUUCACACUAAGCAAGGUGCGAUUAUACGCUAGAAUGUCCAGCCCACAUGAAAAAUAGUUUAGUACGAAAGAAUGCACCGUAUAUCACAAAUCACAAUAUUAUUACAGCUAAUGUUAUUUACUAUCUAGGUUAUUUAGUUUUUAAAAUUGAAUAGAGAAAUAUGGCCUUGUAAUCUAUGUAAAUGUUCAUACAUGUAAAACUGCUUGUCUUUAGUAGAUAAUUUAGAUUAUAAACAAUACAUAAUAUGGAAGAGAUAGACUUUUAAAUAUUUUGUUUAUUUUAUUUUUUUCAUUGCUAAACAUUGUUUUGUUACAUUUACAAUAAGAUAAUAUUUUAUGUUGUAUGAUACCUACCAAUAAAAGUGUUAAAUUGCUA